CGGUGCUCUUUUCUUCGUUCUCACAUCAAUCGACGCGAGCAGCAAACCCUGAAAAUAAACAAUGGAUGUCUAUGGGACGGCGGUAACGGCCAUCACGCAGGCCUAUCAGGUAACUGUUUUCAUCCAGGGCGUCAUCUCCGACAUCAAGUCUUUCGACGAGGACCGGGAGGAGGUCCGCCUCAAGUUGAACGUGCAGCUCUCGACGCUCCUUUUCUUCCGUCGCAUUUUCGUUCAUCCCGAGCAUGGCCUUCUUCUGCCGGGUAAACUCGACACUUUCAUUGCCAAGACCAUUGAGGGACUGCUUGUUCAGAUGCGCAAAACCCUGACCGAGUAUGAGCUUGUGGCCGUCAAGUAUGGCCUUGUGACGGGCGGUGAUGAGGAUGGAGGCUUGGAAAAGCCCGAGGAGGUCAAAGAGUCACUCCUGCAUCGCAUCAAGAUCAAAGCCAUGUCCCUGAAGAUGAAGGGUUACGACUGGUCGCUCUUCGACAAGAAAAGGCUGCACAAGCUCCUUGAGGCCUAUACCAAUUGGUCAGCCGACUUGCGAAACCUGAUGCAGCAUCUGUCCCAGGAUGCACUUUCCCGAGUUGUGGAUGAGAAUGAUCAGGGUCUGAAGGCGACCGGACUAGAGCCCGUAAUGAAGCGACGGAAAAUGGUCGAUACACAUGCUCCAAACGAAUUUCAGAGCCUGGAAGGUCAAAUUAUUGAGGAAGGGGCCGUGUCGGGCGGUUUCCAAUUGGGACGCUGGACACCAUCCGGCUCCACAUCCAGCACGAUGGUAGUUAUAGAAUUCCAUGAAUACGAAGGCUUGUUGAAAGGCGAUGAUCUUGAACCCGACGAGAUUGAGGAACUGAAGGCACCCAUUCGGAACCUAGCUUGGCUCCUGAAGAACAGUACAUUCAACAGCCACGAGUCCCCGGACGCGGAGCCGGGGCUGGAGCCGCCCCAGAUCUAUGCUUUGAAAUGUUUAGGCUUUAUCGAUCAGCCGGAAGAAGAGCGUAACGUGUUCCUCUACAGUCUUCCGACGUCCGAUGAGGACGACCAGCACGAAGGCACAGUAGCACCCACAACGGACCUCACUACCCUCCAUGGCUUCAUCAACGCUGUGGACCGGGAGAGCAAACGGCCUUUGAAACGGCCAUCAUUGAAUGAUCGGUUCAGCAUGGCGCAUUGCCUUGCCAUCACCCUGCUGAACGUCCACGCCUCAAAAUGGGUGCACAAGAAUGUCUGGAGCCGAGGGAUCCUCCUCUUUUUGCAGACUCCAGCGGGCGUUCGCGCCUCGGGACUUCAGGCGCACCGACUCUUGAACACUCCAAACCCGCAACAACGGAUUCUUGCAUACCUAAGUGACUGGGGCUAUGCACGGUCCGAGCAGCAGGGCACAGACAUGCGUGCGGACUUUGAAGCUGAGCCGAAUCUUUACCGUCAUCCUGAUCGGCAGGGAAGGCCCACUAGACAGUUCCAACGGCGCCAUGACAUCUAUGCCCUGGGUGUAGUGCUUCUGGAGAUUGGCCUCUGGGUGACGCUGUCUCGUUUGAUGGAAACUAAAAUCCGCGAAGCCGAAAAGACCGGGCGGCUGCCCAGGCCGAAAAAAGUUGCCGCAGAUUUGGUUGCGUUAGCCCAGCAGGGUCUUCCAAAGGAGAUGGGCGAAGGCUAUGCUCAGGCCGUUGUAGAUUGUCUGACAGGGAACUUUCGCGAAGGAGACGUAGAGCUUGCCUUAGACUUUCAGGAGAAAGUAGUGAAUAUUCUGGCCAGGGGAAUGAUGCUUUAAACUGUGUAUCCUUGAAUGAUAUGUCAC